AUGGGCGGCGCGUGGCUCAUUUUAUUGACUUCCUUUUUACUCUCCACCGCCGUCAAGGCUUCCCAAUGUCCCACCGAAGGCAAGUCUUUUGCUUAUCCAUUUAUCUAUGUACCUAUCGUACGAAAUAUCAGUGAGCUCGAACAGGACAGCUAUGGUAUUCCUGGGUUAUCACAUAUUACUCUUCAAGGCUCAGUCAUGCACGGUUUGCAGGAGAUCGAGACGUGGCUUGAGACAGUUGCUCCAGGAGCCGGGACUCCAAUUCACCGGCACUCGUGUGAGGAAAUCUUUGUUGUUCUAAAGGGCAGUGGAACUCUGUAUCUUGCUCCUAAUUCGUCCCAUCAGAAAUAUCCGGGCAGUCCCCAAGCUUUUCAUAUUUAUGCAAAUAGCACAUUUCAUGUUCCGGUCAAUGAUGUUCACCAGAUAUGGAACACGAACGAUAAAGAAGAUUUGCAGUUUCUAGUUGUGAUAUCUAGGCCACCGAUGAAAGUGUUCCUAUAUGAUGAUUGGUCGAUGCCACAUACAGCUGCUAAACUGAAAUUCCCCUUCGUUUGGGACGAAAAGUGCUAUCAAACACCACCAGCUAAAGACGAGCUUUGACCUUUAAAGAUUGAAUUCUGUUGCGAGGCUCUGUGAUCGAUAUCCAAUGGGGUUUCUGUUCUCUUGUCGAAAACUUUGAACUAAUCUUCGUUUCGUUCGAAUAAAAACACUCCUUAUUCUCCUUCAACCUGUGUUCCUUUUCGAUUUAGCUCAUUGCAUGUCCACGUGCAAGUUGUAUGAGUGUAAUUUGUGUGUAAUAUUUGUGAAACCUCACUCGAUUAUGUUGAAUGAAAGUAUUGUAUCAGAGUGUAAUUAUGUGUGCGCAUUAUUUGUGAUAUUUCAAAUUCGUGUAACCUCCUAGGUACAGAAAAAUAAAAAUAUUUCUAUUUUUUUUU